ACCAUCUGUUUUCCUGUCGUUCAGUAAAUUUUGUUUUAUUAAACUAAUAUAGCGUUGGACAUAUUCAUAAAUAAAUGAAUGACGAGCGCGCUUCUAAUGAAUAUAAUGAUACGUCUCAAGCAGCCCUGAUGAAUUUUUGUUAGACCGUACGACAAGUCAAAGGGUUAAAGCGUACACAUCGCCCAGCGUAAUUAUUAUUCCUGAUACGAGUCGUUCUGAAAGCGUUUCCCUUUCGAUUCCCAGCCGGAACGGCAUAGAAGCUUUCACGGAUUGGCUUUUGCCAACUCGCUCAGCGGCACGCUUGCGCGGCUUUCAAGGCGAGCUUUUGAGCUUUCGAGUCGCACCGCGAGCCGAGACACGUGGAGUCGUCUAUUCCUUCGCCGAGCAACUUUCGCGUUUUCCGUAUCCGCGCCAAACACCGCCGAAUCGAAUGAAACAUCACCCGAGUGAUUCGUUUCAAAUUCAACGAUCAUGUGAUCGUGUACAUAAUUGAAACGUGCUUAAGGUAUCUCGAUUAAUUAGCGAUCGUUGUGAGUGUCUAAUUGGUGAAAGGAUUACUGAAAAAGCGUGUACGGCCUCGACGUCCGACCGAUUCCCGAGCGAGAGUUCCUGCACUCCUCUGAAGCAUGUUGAGCAGCUAGAUCGUGAAAUUCUGUCCUUAAUUUUGGAUUGUUCGGAAAUCCUCCACGUCAUCAGAGAACGAGGAAUUUCUAAUCAAGUCGCAAUUAGUCCUCCUUAUCAUUAAACGUUGAUUGGAAUCGCUAAAAAAUUCAAAAAAAAAAAAAUUCAAGAAGGAAACCCAGAAAUCCAGAGCUGAUUUGCAAAAGCAAUCCUCUUCGAAAUCAAUUCGCUCGAUUGCAGCGGCCUUUCAAAGGCACCUUGGUUCCAAUCAAAACGAAGGAAAACGUCGAAAAGAUUCGGUAGACGACCUAGAAUCGUUUAUUUCUGGUGCAAUUUCGCGAGGGCUGAAAAUCGUCGAGGAAAGGUGAGAAAGCACAGCCCUCGUUCGAUGCACCGCUGCCCUUCGACGAUGGGGAUACGUCACGAUCGAGGAAGUGCACUCGACGCGGCCACUCGGUUCCGGAGUCACGUAUACCACGCCAACUAUUAAUUCACCGAGGCCUCUUGAGCUGGAGGGCGAGAGGAAGGCGAGACGAGGGCUAGGGGCAAAGAACGGGGACAGGAAGUGACGAAAUCACGGGGACAAAAACGUGAACAGGAGAUAUAAUAAAUAACGGAAUGAAAGUAAAAGAAAAGUGAGAAAUAAUAUAGGGGUUGCUAUAAUUGCUUUAAUGACAGCAAAACCUAAGUGCUGGAUUUAACUCCUUAUUGUACUUAUAGAGGAUCUCCCAUCUAAUUUGAACCUCUACAAAUUCGAUUUUAUCGAAAACUAAGCCUAGCAAAUAUUAUUAUUUUAUGAAGAAUAACCCGCUAUUCGGUUAUAUCGCGCCUUACAUAAAAUUAUAUUAAAAUUGAAGAAAACGUGAGAAAAAUAAUCUGCUUGAUUCUUUGAUAGAAUUCACAAAAGAGAAUACGAAUUAUCUGGGAAAGAAGAUCUGGGAUAAGAGGAAAAUAGGGAAAAAGAAGGAAUCGGGCUGUGGAAACGAUGACGAAAGGUGCAAAACGACAGGCAAGAACUGAAACUAGGGUAAACGGUGGAGGGUCGAAAAAACGAAACGAUCGAGGAUAAAGGGAAAAGUAGAAAGAGAAGUGGCCGUGAUAUAGCAACUUUUAGUGCUGGUGAAAAACAAAGACGAAAGAACAGGAUCACUCGGAUUGUUGGCAAUUUAUCGGUGGUUUGUAUAGCUGGAGGAAUUAGGGUGACCACUCGAUCGCAUCGGCGUGCAAUUUGCAAGAACCGCGUGAACCCACGUUUGCUUCCCGAUACUCGAUUGGACACUUGCGCACUCAGAACCGCAAUGAUUUCCAUUAUAUGUGAUAUCGCAGACACUGCGCGUGCUAUCCAUGGUUUCACACAUGCGGAAUUAGGGAUGGGAUAAAACUCAAUACAAUCACGUAUCGAUAUAUGUUUCUGAUCAUUUAAGAAUAACUAAUUUUGUAUUUAGAAAUGCACAAUAAUUAUAAUUAAAUUGUCAUUUAAUUUUCAAAGGGGAAAUUAAAAGGGAUCAUUUUUAAUCACUUAAGUCAUUAAAAAAUGAGUCAUUAAAUACUGAGUUGAAUAAAAAAUACCAAUGUCUUUGAGAAAACAAAAAGAGUUUGUUUUGCAGGGUAUUUCUUCAUUGAAACUUUUGAGAUUAUGCUAUGAACAUUUUUUAUAUCAUGAGAAACGAAGGAAAUAUUUCAGUUUCUACUGAAGCACCCAGUAUAUGGGGGAGCACACGACGCGUACACGACACAGCUGUUGAGAAUGCCGCGACACGAUUUCCCUCGGUCACGUUGUUUGAUGGACUUUCAUCGAGAUUCGCGGUCUACCAAGUGAGACUGAACUUUGCCCUUUGCCACUUUUGCCAAACCAUAGCACCACCUCCAACGAUACAAGCUUCUCGCUCCUCUCCCUUCUCGAGGGCGGUCGUGAUAAAGUACUACGACAUUGGUGCUUUGCGAAGAUUUUUACUGCGGCUGCACCGUGGCCCGGUUCUCGGAGAAAUGUUACGGAAACGCGAGACGAUCGUUGGGAAUUUUGUGCUUCGAAAGUUUUACCAGAGUAACGGGAACGUUUCGUUCGUCCCGCGCGUGCGAAAGUGAUAAACGAGAACGGUCACGAGGAUCCCGCGAAUUUGCAUAUCAGUCACGUUACCGCGUCGUUCGACUUCCCUUCGAUAACUUCGUUUCCCUCUGUCCAACCAUAGACACACCACUGAUUCCUCUUUUUUUCGUUGACAGAUAUUGAAAUCUUGAUAACAGUACUCGAAUAUUUUUGAUGGGAACUGAAUUUGUUAUAGGAAAAUAAAGUAAAAAAUAGAUUUUUUCGAAUACUAAUAAAAUAAUAAAUACUAAUUAGAUCUGUUUAGGACCCGUACGUGUAUUUUUCAUCAAAAUUGCUUAAAUUUUAUGAUAGCAAAAAUGAUUGAUUCGAAUAGUAUCUAUUUUGAUUAAAAAUUGAUAUUCCUUAAAUUUUCAGUAAGUAGUUUCAUAGUUUCUUGUUUCACGAAGAUUUUCUGUCAGAAAAUAUUACAUCACUUACGAACGAAGAGCUUAUAUUGACACAUUUUUUAUAAAUUUUAUAUUUACUGGCAAGAAGGUUCAAUGGAGAAGCUUGUAUUAAAGUUCAUAGUAAAUUAGCAAUUUUCUUGGCCACCUUUCAACUGGUUUCGUUGUAAAUAAAUUUAAAGUUUUAUAAAUACUUGAAGUCUCUUAUAAAGAAAUCUGCGAGGGACACUUUGUACUAGGGUGUAAAUACAAUUUACCAGCUCAUAAAAAAAUAAUUUAAUUUCUUUCUAGCAUCAUUUAUGAGAUUAAUUAUGCACACGAUAAUCAAAACGAUAUGAUUGUCGUUCAAAUUUUCGUCCGCGAGUGAUAAAGAUUUAGAAACAGUGAUUACGACUGAUGCAUGAUUAAGAAGUGAUUAAAAGUGUACGGAACACCAUGAGUAAGCAGGAGCCAAGAGGGCCCCCACCUCCGCCACUUCCACCACCAUACCCGCAUCAAAAGCUCUUCAAGAAGUGCAAGAGUGCAACUUUCCAGUUGGAUGGUGCGACGUAUACUAUAGUUGCAUCUCCGCCCGACCGCAGAGUGACGAGAGAUGAUAUCGCAGUGUCCUCGCCCGAUGCAUCUCCAAACGCUAAUGAAGCUACUAGCUGCACUGGUACAGCAUCCUCCCGAUUGUACAAUCCUUCCUCGCCGGGUCGAAAUGGUCAGCUAUCCAAACAAGGCACGUUAACGAUAGUACGUCGAAGUUCCGGCAAGAAUAAAAGUAUCGGCGAAAGUUUCGAAAGUUCUCCACCACCGCACAGUCCUGACACUCUUUCGUCAAGCCAAUCUGUGGAUCUUGACGAGAUUCUAGAUAAUGUCGAUCUUACGACGGACUCGCUUCCUGCCGUUGACACCCCCGAUGCUUGUGACAAGGCUGCCCUCAGAUUAAGGUGCUUGUUGAGGCAGCUUCAGCAUGGCGAAAUAUCUGCAGAAUUGCUGCAACGAAAUUUGAAUUACGCUGCACGCGUUCUUGAAGCAGUCUUCCUCGAUGAAACCAAGGUGAAUUCAGGAGGGGUUGAGUGCUCUCGGUCAUCGCGUAGGGGUGCGGGCCUGUCAUCUGCAUCCAUUGGGAGCGGCUUGGACUCGGACGGACAACAGGGCCACGCGGUGGUAACCCAGAAACGGAAGCUUCGCACCCCCGUAUGGGCAAGAGAUGCCGAGCGUGUGGAGUCAGCCGCUACUUGCCGUCAGGGUGUACGACGUAGGCGGCUGGCGGACGAGGACGACGAAUUGUCGGAGGUUCAACCGGACGCGGUGCCGCCGGAAGUACGCGAAUGGCUCGCUUCGACGUUCACGAGGCAGCUGGCAACCACCAGACGAAAGGCGGACGAGAAACCCAAGUUCCGCUCGGUCGCGCACGCCAUCAGGGCAGGGAUCUUCGUAGAUCGGAUUUACAGACGGGUCACCAAUACCGCGUUGAUGCAGUUCCCCCAAGAAGUGGUUAAAGUGCUUAAGACCCUGGAUGACUGGUCGUUCGACGUGUUUUCAUUAAGCGAAGCCGCAAUGGGAGCACCGGUUAAAUACCUCGGUUACGAUCUGCUAAAUCGAUACGGCAUGAUCCACAAAUUCAAAGUUCCCCCUGCGGUUUUGGAAUGCUUUCUGGGAAGAGUCGAGGAGGGUUACUGCAGACAUCGAAAUCCGUAUCACAACAAUCUGCAUGCUGCAGACGUUGCCCAAACUAUGCACUAUAUUUUGUGUCAAACAGGAUUAAUGAAUUGGUUGACCGAUCUGGAGAUUUUCGCCACCCUGGUGGCGGCGAUUAUUCACGAUUACGAGCACACUGGGACCACAAACAAUUUCCAUGUAAUGUCCGGUAGCGAAACAGCACUCCUCUACAAUGACCGAGCUGUUCUGGAAAAUCACCACAUCUCCGCGAGCUUCCGGAUAUUAAAGGAGGACGAAUGUAACAUACUGCAAAACUUAUCGAAAGAGGAAUUCCGUGAAUUUCGUUCGUUGGUGAUCGAUAUGGUCCUCGCGACGGACAUGAGCUUCCAUUUUCAACAACUAAAGAACAUGAAGAACAUCCUAAGCUUGGCGGAGCCAAGCGUCGACAAGAGCAAAGCUGUCAGUCUGGUUCUUCACUGCUGUGAUAUUUCUCAUCCGGCCAAGAGAUGGGAUCUCCACCACAGAUGGACCAUGCAGCUACUGGAAGAGUUCUUCCGACAGGGUGACAAGGAGAAGACUCUGGGAUUACCGUUCUCUCCGUUAUGCGAUCGCAACAAUACUCUUGUGGCUGAAUCGCAAAUAGGAUUCAUAGAAUUUAUCGUCGAACCCAGCAUGCAGGUGUGCAGCGAUAUGCUGGAAACGGUCCUCGUUCCAUUGUCACAGAACGUUAAAGAGAGCGUGGAUGAGUCCAACAACGGAUCAGCGGCUGAAAGCAGGAGGAUUAAGAUCGGUAAGCCAUGGAUUCCUUGUCUCGCGGAGAACAAGAGCAUUUGGAAGGAACAAGCUGUUCGAGAUGCUGAAGCAAGAGCACAGAAAGAGCAAGAGCAGAAGGCGAGCGAUAACCGUGAGGAUGGCGACACGUCACAAGCGGCACCUGAGGAAUGAAAAAUGCGGCGAGCCGUGUUGUUUUUCAGGAAUAUAUGUAAUUUUAGGCUACGAAGCCCGUCAAAACAUUGAAGAUCACUAUUGAACUGGCUGGUUGAUUUCUUUGGACACUAGCGUAUCUAAAAUUAUAGAUACACUUCUAGGAAUAUUUAUACCGUUUCUUUAUCACUUCACACGGACCGUAUCGACAAAGAAAGUCCGUAUCUCUACAACCCGUGAUGUCUCGUUGCAACAGAUAUAACAAAAUAUUAAUUAACAACAAAAUUAAGAUCAACCUUCUUCAAGGUAUUCAUUUUAAAGCUUGCUUUACCUCGUCAGCAACAAACUCUCGAUUCGCUCAAAAUAAUCAGCAAAAUGUAAAAAUGAUAAAACUAUUUUUAUUCGAUAAUAAAAAUAAUUUACUAUUUAGUAAAAAAUAACCGGGCUCCCAGCAUUCGCGUAGCCUAAAAUUACCAGUGUCUGCGACAGACAGUGAAAAUCGAGCGCACUUAACAAACACACACAUACACGGAACAAAGAAAUCAUUAAACGUACUUAGAGAGCACAAUUAUUCGUUCGCAAUCAAGUGCUGACAAGUGUGAGAGGACACUACGUUAAUGUUAACGGAAUUUCCACGGCGUUCCGCUAUUUGAACGCUGUUCUUAUCCGUACCUGUUUUUUCUUACAAUUAGUGUAUAACUACGAGCAUACAUUAUUUCAUAGGAACGAAGACUUUCAUCUUUGACGAAGCAUCCAGGAGAUAUGACGCGAUCAAUUUAUUCUAUUACUUUCAUUCAUCGCGGAAAAAUAAUCAAAAUUUCCAUUUUCUUAGCUUUCCAAAUCUGAAGCAGUAAAAAAAAGACAGAGUUUAAGAAUUAUUAUCAUAGAAUAAUAAGAUAUACUUUAUAUUGCAACUUUGGAAAAGUAGAAAUGUUACAAAAUAGCAGAGUUAUUCUGUUAGAAUGUAAAAUUCAAUUUUCGAUGGUAUAUUUCCUGAAAUGUUAUUAACAAGCAACUAUGCUUAUACAUUUAUACUAUUUGCUUUUACAGUUUUUUUUCUAACGUCAUACGAUAAGAAUUAAUUAAAUGUUGUAGCCUGAAAAUUGAUAGACGCAGCUGACUGUCGCACAAGUAUCGAGCUCGAAGUUUCUUUCGAAUCGAGAAAUUCGACUUUUCCUUUCGAAAAAGUACUGUGAAGUUGAAGUUGAAAGUCUUCGUGUUGCGCCAAGCCCUAAUCUCAACGCGGUCGCGCGAUAGAAACGGAUUUCCGCAAGAAGAAGGAAGCUUACACGUGCUUUCUCGAUACCGUGACCGAUUGCUGGUUGAUAAAAGAGAAAGGGCAAAAGUCGCUUCUUCGACAGUCCGAUUUCUUCGAUUUGAUUCAUUCAAAAAAGUUUCAUCCUCGAAAGUUUUCGGCGGACGCACGUGAUUCGAUUGGUCGCUGUUUCAAUUCAAUUUGCAAAACGGUAUCCUCCGUAAUAUCGUUCAUCGAGACUUUUCUCAGAUCGCUAAGAAAGGUCGAGUUAACGUCGUUAAAGGACGAGAACCUUUGAGACAUGAUUCUGAAACGGUUAUUGGAUUAGUGGAAAAUAAGUGGAUAUAUUCUUUGAAAACAUCUUUAAGAAUAUUUUUACCUAUUUUCAGAUAAAAAUUCAUCGGAAUGGAGAUAUAUUUUUUAAUAAGUUUGCCGAGCUACUUUUUUAAAUGAUUAUAAAGUUUGUAUUUAAUUAAGAAAUUUGUUGAAAUGUCUAAUAAUUUCUUAAUCAAACAUUCCGUUUAUGUGAGAUAUACUCAUUUUUAUUGAAAGUGCUUACAGAAAAUAUCAUUUUCUGUGAAAUUUUAAAAUAUACUUAUUCAAAUAAAAUUUGAAAAGUGUAUAAGUAUAUUCUAACGUUAAAAUUUCUCAAUUUCCAACGAUAACUUAAAUGUAAAUAAACUAUUUAAACACUUCAAAGGAGAAAAGAUGUUCUCCAAGAAUUUUCGAAAGUAUAUAUACAUUCAACCUCGAUAGCCAGGAAACGAGAAAGGAAAGGGUGCUGAUUUAGAAGUUUCCAAUCGAAUCAGCGAUCAAAAGAACGAACAAGUGACACUGAAUCAGGAAAAAUCGGGCCCAAAUAAGCAGUGAGGGUUAGUUCCCCAGAGGUGUAACGUCACUGUACAUACUUACGUUAGAAGUGUAUUCGUAUACACGUAAAGAUGCAGCUUUAAUGUAUGUAAAUGUAAAAUGUAAAAUGGGAUAUCAUUAGAGUUUACUUCGACGUGCGCUACGUUUCGUCCACAUGUACAUACAUAAGUGGAAGAAAGUCGGGUCCUUGUGUAUCGAUGUAUCAUCCUGAACGAAAGACGUCGAUAAAAAAAAAAAAAAAAAAAUUAACGCAAACGCAAAUGGAUAUCACAAACGUGUCAAGUUUGACCAAUUGACAUAACAUAUCGGAGAAUUGCUUUAUAAAUGGGUAUUGAUCGAUUGAAAGAAAGAAUUGAAUUUAUACGACGUCUUUUCGCGCUCAACUUCUACCGAUGACAUGUAAAUCCUUCAAUCAGGGCUCGUAGUCUUCUUCAGAAAACGAUGUAUUCGUGUAAAAUUGCAAGGGAUAGGACGUGGAAGCGUUAUCUUGAAAAUGAUAUAUUAUAUCGUCAUAGAGAAUGUAUAGAAUAAUGUCUCUAGCUCGAGGGUUAAACAUAUCCGUCCUGUAUUUAUUUUUCUUUCUCUCCUUGUCCUGUUUUAUUGGCCCGCGAUUGGAUGUUCUUUGUUACUGUGAAAUUUUAAGUAAAUACGUUAACCCUUGAACUGACCAGGUCAAUUGUGACCCAAACGUAGAACCUUCCUAUAUCGGAAAUUCUAUAAUAUUUAAAGAAACAGUAUAAAAUUUAGAAAAUGAAUUGUAAAUUAAAUUGAUGUCAUAAAUUAUACGUUGAGUUAGCAAAGACUUCGCUUCGUAAUUGAUUAAGAAAAUGUUAGGAACUUCGCGAUACACAGAACACCCAUUCAGCGUUCCAAGAACCAGCGUACCUUGCUUAAGUGCGAGUAUAUUAAUUGUAUAUAAAAAUUGUAAACGGGAUCUGUUGCCUGUUCGCAACGCGGAGAAACGUUCGCAUAUUUUCUCUCAAGCCAAGACUGUAUGUACACGAGAUUUGAAUUCAAGAGGCAAGGAAACUCGCACUUACCUAUUCAUUUCCUUCAAUUAUGUAUCCACCAAAAAAACAUUGAGAAUCAUUAAAAGGUAGUAAUUUAUUGAAUAUAAGUCUAAUUUGGAUGAUAAAAAUAAUGUAACAUUAUAAUAGACGUAGAUAUUUCAAAAAAGAAAUAAUCAAAAUUUACAAUGCAUAAUAAAUAAGGGUGUGAAGCUAUCCGAUCAGUGUUGGAUCGGGAAUUCGGUUCGAAUUCACAUGAAUUUGUUCGAGUAUCCGUCAUUUCGGCACUCGAAAUUCAACUACAUUCGAUUAUGCAGAAUAACAUAUAUGAAAACACUUCCAACUUAAAAAUCCAAGGUAAGUCUGAAAAAUCAUGCCCCAAACGCGGUGUCUAAAUUUCGAACUGAAUUUCUGAUCCGAAGCGAUUUCGAGUCCCAAGUUAAUAUUUGGGUCCCAAAAUUACGGGUACCCGUACAAAUUCAUGAACAGGAUAAACUUUCGAGGUUUGGCCCGACUCGACCCGGUAAUUACCCGCCCCAAUUCGGUGCUCGCAUUUCAGAGUAGCCGUAUAUUCAUAAUAACGAAGCGUCUUCAUACAGAAAUCAACAUUUUUUGAAAUAGAAUGUUUUCUCAGUCGACUUAUAUCAAUAUUCUUCUUUCUGCACCUGGGAAACAUUUGAACAAGUAAUCUCUUUGUUCCUUUGGUGGAUCCGUAUAUUUACGCUUCGCGCUGAUGUUCGUCAUCAACGAACACGCUUGCCAUUAUUACGUUACGUGCUCGACACGAGUUCGUUUUCCUUCCUGCAGCGGACGAGGGGCCAAAACGCGUGAUAGAAUACUAAAAACAGUACACUUGAAUCGUGCUCGUACUAAGAGAGUAAUAUUUCGAUAAAAAAAGCGCGAGCGAACACGUAGACGAUUAAUCGUUGGUUUCGAUUACGUUGAGAUCGUUGAACAAUAACCCCAUGAUCAUGCUGCAAUUAUUGGGUAUAAUCGUGACAUACGAGGCUCAGAUUUGAAAGUAUUAAAUGCAGAUGCAAGAAAUCGAUUUGCCCUUCCUUUGCUACAAAUUUGUUAAUAGGCUUUUAAGAAUCAAUUAACAAACCUAUGAUUGCUAUUAAUUUACGUAUGACUCAUAAAGAAAGUCUUCCAGCUUGAAGAUUUUAAUUUUUAGAAAAUUUUGUGGAAUUGUAGAAAACAUCAAGUAUGCAAGUUAGGAUUUUGUUUUUUCGUCGAAAUUCAGGCUAAAAAGGUGAAUCUCUUCCUUGAAGCAUGCCAAAUUAAUUAACAAACUUAUUUUGUUUGCGCAAGUGCAUAAAUGAAUGUUUAAUGUCUCAAGUGGUAAUCAACGUGAUAAUCAUGCAAAUCUUUUCACGCUUAAUAUUUAAAAUUUCCAGAGAAGCAAAUUUUCUUCAGCAAAGUCUGCGUUUUCGCUCGCGUCCUUAAUUUUUACCCUAAAAUUCUCUUCAAUGAAAUACUGGCCUUUCCUUGUAGAACAGAAAAUUAUACAUAUGAAUCGAGAUAAUGCGACUAAAGAAAAGACGGGUGCAAGAUUCUCGAUCCAUAUCGACCAUUGUAACGCUUCGCUCUAGGUGUACCUAGGAAAAUUAAAAAGAAUAAUGAAAAGCACGAUAAAUGAUCAAUAUAAUCGAUACGCGAUUACAUCGUGGCUCGAUCGAUAUUACGUGACACAGAGGCUUCGGACGAAACAAUACUCGACCAAUAAUCGUAAGAUAGGUUCACACCGAGAAGCACCCAUCUCACUGACGUGCAAACACUUACUUACACGUACAAACACCCCUUUAAUCCUCUAAGAAUUGUACGACUUUUCACUUUUUAUUCGUCGUCGAGACUGGUUGAACAACUAUGUACCGCGUGACUAGGAAUCGAACGUGUGUACACCUAGGAUUUUUCCUUCAUUUUUAUUUCUCUCGAAUUCCUUUAUUCGACCAGAAACGUUCGUUUAUCGGCACAAUUUAUUGCAACAGGUGUGUACAUAAUCAAGUAAACUUCAGCACCAUGUCCGUUUGAUGUGAUGUAAUUAAGUAACGACGUAAUGAUGACAAAGAACGGGAGAAUAUAUAUUAAUAUAAAUACAGAUAUGAAGUAUAAAUACAUCUCGUCUAUAAUUAGUAUUGUAUUCUGCAUAAAUUUACCGAGAAAUAAAAAAUACUCGAUUA